AAAGGUUAGGGAUAGGGAACAUGAUGAUGGAAGGUGGCUCUAAACACCUAAUUGUUGGUGGAAAACACAACAUCCUUAACGCUUUUCGGGACAUACAAGCAGACUUAUGUGAGAGGUAAAUGUUAUCACGUUCUGUGAGAGGUAAAUGUUAUCACGUAUGUAACACAAUUAUUUCGUGAAACAUCAAAAGCGCUCUCUGUUUGUAUGCGAAUGUGGUGUGGCUAGCUAACGUUAGCCAGGCUACCGGUUCCGCUAGCCAGCCAUAGCUGGCCAUUGUUUUUGUUUAGUUAACGAAGUGAAAGCAAUAUAGCUAGAAAACAGUGUUUUCCCCCAGCCGAGGCAGGGGCCCAGUGGGGCAGACUGCUUGAGUAAUGCGGUUUGGUUUCUCUCGGGAAGAUGGAUGAAAAGUCCACCAUCCACCACCGGCUCUUGAUUGCCCUGGUGAUAAUCUUGCUCUUUGGCGUUAUUGUGCUUCAGUACGUUUGUCCUAGCUCCUAUUGCCAGCUGUUGCACCUAGGAUCAUUGGCCUCCAACUCGGGCAGCAAUGCCAUCGGGUCCCAGGGUAAGGGAAACGACAUUGGCCUCAGUGGACAGGACCCGUACGUCGCUGAGGACUGUGCCGUAGCCCGUUUUGUUCCCCGCUUCAAUUUCACUUCUGCAGACCUCAGUCGACUCGUAGACUUCAAUAUCCAGGGAGAUGAUGUUAUUGUUUUUCUACACAUCCAGAAAACAGGGGGCACAACGUUUGGUCGACAUUUAGUGCGUAAUAUUAAACUCGAGAGGCCUUGUGAGUGUCAUGCUGGCCAAAAGAAAUGCACCUGUUACCGGCCAGGUAAAAGGGAAAGUUGGCUUUUCUCCCGGUUUUCCACUGGCUGGAGCUGCGGUCUUCACGCGGACUGGACCGAGCUGACCAACUGCGUGCCGUCCCACAUGAACACGCGCGAGCCCCCCAAGAAGCCUACAGUUCCCAGCCGGAACUACUACUACAUCACCAUCCUGCGUGACCCGGUGUGGCGCUACCUGAGCGAGUGGUGGCACGUGCAGCGCGGUGCCACCUGGAAGGCCUCCCUGCAUGUGUGUGACGGGCGCGCCCCCACGCUUGCCGAGCUGCCCAGCUGCUACCCCGGGGAUGACUGGUCCGGCUGCUCCCUGCAGGACUUCAUGGACUGCCCCUACAACCUGGCCAACAACCGGCAGGUCCGCAUGCUGGCAGACCUCAGCCUAGUGGGCUGCUACAACGUCUCGGUCAUGAGUGAGGAUGAGCGCUGGGCUGUGUUAUUAGAAAGCGCCAAGCGGAACCUGCGGGGCAUGGCCUUCUUCGGCCUGACAGAGUACCAGAGGAAAACCCAGUACCUGUUUGAGAGGACCUUCCGCCUGGCGUUCAUCGCCCCCUUCACCCAGCUCAAUGGCACACGGGCGGCCAGCGUAGAGGUCGUGCCUGAGACACAGCUCCGGAUCCACCAGCUGAACCAAUGGGAUGAGGAGCUGUACGAGUACGCCCGCGACCUGUUCCUCCAGCGCUUCCAGGUGUCCCGGCAGCAGGAGCGGAAACAGGCCAGAGAGAGGAGGCAGCAGGAGAGGAGGAGGCUCAGAGGGAGGCUGGGGAGGCCGGUGGCCGAGUGGCCCAGCGACAAGCCCCAGUGGACAGAGACCCAGGCUGGGGAGGCAAUCACCACCCACCUACGACCACCCUCCCCAGAAAGGAAGCAUCAGGAGAGGGGAGGUGGCGAGGCUGUAGAGGCUGAGGUGCAGCUGCCAGACUGGUGGGGUCUGGAGCAGAACAGCACCAUGGAGGACUACAUGGAUAAUGUGGAACAGUGGCGGUAGUAGUGAGAGGACCAAGCUGGAGAAAGAGGGAAGGGUUGACUGACUGAGACUUCUUCUUCACGUCCCUUUAUGGAUUUGAAAGGAAAUGACUGGUAUUAGAAAAAUGUCUUUUUGACCAUGCCUACACCAAUCCAAUGCUAUAUGUGGGUAGUAGUGAACAAAUGCAGACUUCAGGAACAAGGAGAUAUAGGACGUACACAUUCUCAAACCUCAACACUAACAGCGCACAGCUCCCUUUAGCUUGCAUCCCAACCUUUAGUCCAUGGCCAGUUUUCCAUUUAGCAAAACGUGCUUAUUUUCCUUGAAUGUAAUUUGUUUUUGUGUACUUCCCUAACCCACACUGUGGUCAUGACAUUUCUUAGAGAAAAUCCCGGGCUCAUCCCAAUUGGCACCCUAUUCCCUAAUAUAGUGCACUACUUUUGACUGGAACCCCGGUCAAAAUCUGUGCACUAUUUAGAGAAUAGGGUGCCAUUUGGGACAGGGACACUACCAAUACCAUGCCCCUCUCAAUCCCAGAAGCCUUCUGAGGAAACCUUAUGGUUCUCAUGCAGAACUGUUGGUUAAAUACCAGGUUAAAACAUUGUUUCCCCGAUAGUCAUUUUGAUAUUGAUGUAUAAGCUAAUAUUUGUACUGGGUUUUGUUUCAAAGAGAAUAAGCUAUGCUUUUUCAUUGAGAUUUUUGUAUUCAUAUUGUUUUGUCAUCAAUUAUGUAGGUAAAGCUGUUGAAUGAUUUGUCAGAUGACAUGCAGCUCACAAAUGACUGAGAAAGACGAAGUGAUGUGCUAAAAAAAAAUCUCACUAAAUGAGAUUUUUUAUAAUUACCUCAAUCAGUAGCACACCUCUGCAUUACUCACUUCUUCUUGUCCUAUCCUUGUCUCCACUUUUGUAUAUAAAAGAAAAAUAAUU